UGAAGGUGUGUUCUGUCUCGAAAAAAAAAAGGUAACUGGAGGUGGGAGGCGAGAGAGGGUCAGCCAUGGCGGGGGUGGAUCUGUCGAAGCUGGUGAAGGAGAAGCGGUUCUGGGCGGCCUCCUUCCUCAUCGCGUGGGCGGCGGCGCUACAGGGGCACAUGAUGUGGUUGAAGCGGCAGGACGCCUUCAAGGACAAGUUCGGUGACCCCGAAGGCGAAGCCCCCAACAAGGUCACAGAGCAGCCGGCCGGCGAGCAGGGGGAGCUCACCGCCGACGCCGAGAUCAGAUAGGUAGCUACUAGGUAGAUGGACGAGUACGGGAUCCUUCUUUUAUUUUGCCCUGUUUUCCUUGACGGAUCAAUCACCAUGGGGGCGUCUAGCUCUGUCUCUGUAAUUUAGUAAUACUUCUUGGCAGUGCAAGCUUGCUCACAUAAAUAAUGUUUGCUUGUUAAAGUACCUGCUGUCUCUCCGGAGGUAGGAGGUGGCCGGUGUUCAUCGCGGCUAAUUAGUGCUUUUCUUAAUCUUGUCAGCAUCAAAUUAUCAUCAUCCCAAAGCUGCUCUGCUUGGCCUCAGCCUGACUACAUCACAAGUCAAAACUUAGGGUACUCUCAGCCCUGCCUGACUAACUGAAUGAUGGAAUGCGGUUUCUGUUUGUUUUUUCUUAUCUGAACACCCAAAACAAAUAAUUUGAUCUUCUCUUUACAGCUUUGUUAUAAAUCUGGGAGUGUUUGUUUCAGUCACGGCCGGAUUCACCGUCCCAGAGCUUUGAUUGGGACUUCAGUGCUGCCCCACUCACUCACUCACUCUCAGGCCGAACUGCAAUUUCCGAUCGGCUUUUCUUAUCACUGAACGGCAAUUUCUGGUUGACUUUUUUUUUUUUGACUCUGAUCCCAAAAACAGACCAACCAUUAUAGAUAUGGGAGUGUUUUAUAGUGACAAGUCAGAACCAGUUAUCUCAAACCCCCCUUUUAGUUUGCCCCGCUUUCCUAGACCGAUCGAUCACUUAGCACUACCAGGCUUGCUCACAUAGAUAAGCUUGUUUGGUUAGACUGCUGCUGUUCAUCACAACUAAUUAGGGCUUUGCCUAUUCUAUGAACAUUGAAUUAUCAUCAUCCCAAAGCUGCUUUGCUUGGGCUUAGUA